AUGGAUGACAUUACCUUCAUCUUCCAAAGCAAGUACGCAAAGGAUAUAGUGAAGAGGUUUGGCAUGGAAAAUGCUAGCCAUAAAAGGACACAUGCACCAACUCAUUUGAAACUAACCAAAGAUGAAAAAGGUAUAAAUAUGGAUCAAAGUCUGUAUAGGAGUAUGAUUGGUAGUUUGUUUUAUCCCACAGCUAGCAGACCUGGCAUUACAUUUGCUGUAGGAUUUUGUGCUAGAUAUCAAUAUGAACCCAAAAUAAGUCACAUUACUCAAGUGAAAAGGAUUCUGAAGUAUAUCAAUGGAACUAUUGAAUAUGGAAUGAUGUAUUCUCACAAUGCAAACUCCUUACUAACAGGAUACUAUGAUGCAGAUUGGGUAGGCACUACUGGUGAUAGAAAAAGCACUUCUGGAGGAUGUUUCUUUUUGGGAAAUAAUCUCAUAUCUUGGUUCAGUAAAAAGCAAAAUAGUGUGUCCUUAUCUACAGUUGAGGAUGAAUAUAUUGAUGCAUGA